CCUCUUUGCUUCUUCCUUCUUCUCCUGCCCUCUAUUCAUUCAUUCAUUCAUUCAUUUGCUUCAAUCUGAGUAAAUUGGGGUUGUGUACAUGACUUCAGCUCAAAUUCAUUCCUUUCCACACCGACAGACUCUUUCCUCCAUUCCUUGCUUUCUACACAGAGGAAAUCAAAAUCCCACCACUGGUUUUCUGCAGAUGCUUCAGAUUGGUUUGAGGGUCACCACCACCACCACCACCACCACCACCACCACUAUAACCCUUGUUUCUUUGCUCGCUUCCUUAGCUAUCACGGUCAGACCUCAUUCAGAAUAGACUAUUUUGCGGGAGUUUUGUUGGUAUCAGAUGAGUAAUAUGUGUCAUGUUUGUGGUGCAAAGUUGACAAAUUCGAGGGAGGACAAGGAUAAACACAAGAAUGAGAAUUCACUAAAAUUAAAUGGAGAUCCCAUUAGUUCUUGUAAAUUGUGUGGGCAGAAGCACCAUCAAGAAGCAUUAAAAUGGGAUGAUUUGAGUUCUUAUCCUUCACGGAUAUCAAGUCCACCAAUUUCAUUGACAAGCAGUGAUAGCACUGUCUCAAGCUGCAGUGAAUUUUCAGUUGAUAUAAAUUCAUAUGGAAGGGUUAAUCAAGAUGAAAGUACUGCAGAAAGCAGAACUGAGGAUGCUAGUUCUAGUCUAAAUGGACAUUUGCAGAACUCAAACAUGGCAACUCAAGCAGAUGGAAUUGAUAGAUCCAACACACUAAUAGAAAACAGCCUUAAGAAUAAUGGACACAUGGGAAGAGAUGUGGAAAUCAGCGGAACUAAUGAUGGUCAAGAAGGAAGAGAUACUGGUGUUUUUAAAACUAAUGGAUUCUCCAAAGUAGGAACUGAUAUUUCUUAUGAUAAUGAGAAGGAUGCCAUAAUUUGGGAACCCCCGGAACCAGAGGAUGACAUGGAGUGUAGCAUGGCUAAUAGUGAUGACGACGAUGAGUUUGGUGAUGGUACGAAAUGGGGAGAGCCAAGUUCCUUGUGUAGCUUUGGAGAAGAAGGCAGCGGGAGCUACAAGUUUAGGGAUGAAAAACAAAAGGCAAUGGAAGAGGUUAUAAAUGGGAAGUUCAAGACUCUCGUGAAUCAACUUCUUAAAUCUGUGGGUGUUGCCUCUUCAGGGAAAGAUGGUGAAAGCUGGGUGGAUAUAGUUACUUCUUUAUCAUGGGAAGCUGCUUCAUUUGUGAAACCUGAUGCCAUUGAGGGUAAAGCAAUGGAUCCAGAUGGCUAUGUGAAGGUGAAAUGCAUUGCAGCUGGUUCUCGCAACCAAAGUCAAGUAAUUAAAGGACUGGUCUUUAAAAAGCAUGCUGCUCAUAAGCACAUGCAGACAAGGUACAAGAACCCUCGACUGUUGUUGAUUCAGGGCAUGCUUGGUCAUUCUUCAAGUGGGUUAUCAUCAUUUAAUUCAAUGGAUCAGGAGAAGGGUAAUCUGAAUUCUGUUCGUGAGAUGAUAGAUGUGUGUCGCCCGAAUGUAGUUUUAGUGGAGAAAACUGUUUCUCGUGAUGUGCAAGAGACUUUUCUUGAAAAAGGAGUGACACUAGUCUUUGAUAUGAAGCUCCAUCGCUUGGAACGAGUUGCUCGCUGUACUGGUUCACCAAUAAUGUCCCCUGGAACUUUAAUGAGCCAAAAGCUGAAACAUUGUGAUUCCUUUCAUUUUGAAAAAUUUGUGGAGGAACAUGCUAGUGUGGGUGAAGGUGGAAAAAAGCCAAGUAAGACCUUGAUGUUCAUUGAGGGCUGUCCUACACGGCAAGGUUGUACGAUUUUACUGAAAGGAACUCACAGUGAGGAAUUGAAGAGGGUUAAAUGUGUUAUGCAGUGUGCAGUUGUUAUGGCAUAUCAUUUAAUUUUAGAGACUUCUUUCCUUGUUGAUCAAAAAGCAAUGAUCUCUACUAUUCCUUUUGAUGGGUUAGCAAAUCUAGCGCCAACUAAUCCACAAUUCCCUGUUGUUGGCUCUGGUAAUUCAAGUGCCUCUUGUCUUGAGGAGCCUAUUGCCAAAGAUGAUGCAUUACGCUUGAGUGAUGUUCCUGUUUCAAAUGGAUUCCUUGAAGGAGCGUCCACCCUAAAUUUGGAAUUAGAAGGUGAUUCUUCAUUAUCUUAUGAGCCAUAUAACCCAGUUGUUCUUUCGGGGUUAUCGUCUCUUUCAGCCUCCAUAAAGAAAGUUAUAGGGGACAAUUUCCCUAUUGUAUCCUCAACUCCUUAUCACUCGCUAUCUUCAUACUUUGGCUUAAAUGGAAAGGAACACCACAAUAAGAUCAUGACGUCAGUUCCAGUUUUGAAAUCUCCAGAGGCAUUUGAAAAUUGUGAUAUGGAAGCAAAAAGUGGUUCUGAUGAAGAGAAGUCACAUGAUAGCAAAAGACCACUGUCACCCUUGGCUUGCUCUGAUGUUCCUUUGAAUGACGUAAAAUCUGGUGGCAAAAAUGAAGACCAAAUGCAAAGUAAGGAUGACAUUAGCACAGUUUUGGACUCCCAGAGCAUUUUGGUUCUGAUGUCAAGUCGGAAUGCAUCAAAAGGGAGGAUCUGUGAGCAAAGCCAUUUUUCUCAUAUCAAGUUCUACAGGAACUUUGAUGUUCCCCUUGGGAAAUUUUUGCAAGAUAAUUUACUCAAUCAGAAGCAUCAAUGCCCCACAUGUGGUGAACUGCCAGAAGCUCAUUUUUACUACUAUGCACAUUGCAAUAAGCAGCUUACCAUACAAGUUAAACAACUUCCCACCAAGUCAUGUUUGCCUGGGGAAGCAGAAGGAAAACUUUGGAUGUGGAGUCGCUGCGGUAAAUGUAAACCUGAGAAUGGAAUCACACAAUGUACAAAAAGAGUGUUGAUAUCCACUGCUGCUCGUGGCUUGUCCUUUGGAAAGUUUUUGGAGCUCAGUUUUUCACAGCUGUCUUCACCCAGUAGGGUAUCAAGCUGUGGGCAUUUUUUUCACAGGGACUUCCUCUACUUUUUUGGGUUAGGUCCCAUGGUUGCAGUGCUCAGAUAUUCUCCUGUCUCAACUUAUGCUGUAGAUGUACCUCCUCAUAAGCUGGAAUUCAGUAAUUCAAUUAGACAAGAAUCUCUCAAGAAGGAAAUGGAGAAUGUCUACAUGAAAGCGAUAUCACUGUUCACAGAGGUUGCUAAUGCUUUGAAGAAGAUAGCAUCUCGGUUUGCAGGCUCCACUCUGAAUCUUGGUGGUUCAUUGAAAGAAUUUUCUGAUGUUGAAGAGAUGUUAAGCCAGGAGAGAUAUGAAUUUGAGGUCAACAUUCAAAAAGCUAUUGUUAGGAAUGGGAAGCCAGAGCAGGCCAUUUAUAAACUUCUCAGCUUGAACAGAUUACUCUGGGAGCUUCAACUUGAAUCAUGCUUAUGGGAUAGGCGUUUGCAUGCACUACUCUCGCCUGAUUCUUCAGUGGUUGGCACUAGUGCCACUCAUAAAGCAAUUCAAGGGCUUCUGAAGAAGGAUGGCAUUGCUGGCAAUGGAAUCCUGCGGGCAGAAAAUAUUUUGGAUACUGGCGAUAAAGGUUUCUAUAAUAGUGGCAAUGUGAAAACAAAGUUGGAGACAAGAGAUCAGGGAAAUGAGUUGUCAAUCAGGGAAAUCCCUGUUGAGGGUCCUGUUGAAAUGUCUAGAGAACAAGCUGAUCCAUUCAAUUCAUCAACUGUGGCUGUGGAUACUGAGGGGUCAACUUUGGGGUAUUUACACACAUAUGGAUCAGUCUCAGAGAGACCUGUUUUCUCUGACCAUGUUCAUUCUGGUGAUGAAAAUUGCAAAGGAGAGACACUUCCAUCCUUGGAUCAUUUAGAAGCUGUUAGAAUCAUUCCUAUUACCGGAGGACUUGGACACAAUGAUUCUUUUGGUGGUCUAGAUGCAUCUCAAAGGAGUUCAUCUCAUCCAUUGGCAUGCAACUUGGAGAAGGCAAAAGGAUGGAUCUGGUCUCCAUUUCCAGAAAUUAGGAGGGAUUGCAUGAAGGAUCUCCAGGGAGGUUACUUGCCCAAAUUUGAAUCUAUUAGUAGCUACACACCAGAAUAUUUACCCUCAGCUUAUCAACUGAUCAUUGAGGAGGGCUCAAGGCUGCAUAUCCCUCUUGGUACUGAUGAUUAUAUUGUCUCAGACUAUGAGGGUGAACUUUCAAGCAUAAUCUCUUGUGCCCUGGCCUUGUUGAAGGAUGUACCUGUACCAGCAGAAGAUUUUGAUGAGGGUAGUAGGAGAGAGAGAGGAUUGGCCUUUCGAGCAUUGGAAAAUUCACACAGCCUGAAUCGAAUUACGUCAAUGCCUUCAUCUCAUUGGCAUUCAAAUGGUUCUGUGGAUUCAGAUGGAAGUGUUUCUUCUGAGGAGUCUCUCUUCUCCAGUUUUGAUGGAUUUAAUUUGUUGGAUUCUCUGGUUUCUUAUGGUGCCAUUCAUCCUGAGGUCUCUCUUGGAGUUGCAAAAUCACCUGGAAAGGGUAAAUAUUCAGUGGUUUGUUUAUAUGCCAACCAGUUCCGCAAUCUUCGAGAUCAGUGCUGUCCAUCUGAGCUUGAUUACAUCGCCUCCCUCAGCCGAUGUAGGAACUGGGAUGCCAAAGGUGGGAAAAGUAAAUCUUUCUUUGCUAAAACACUGGAUGACAGGUUUAUCAUAAAGGAAAUUAAGAAGACAGAAUUCGAAUCCUUUAUGAAGUUUGCUCCUGAUUAUUUUGCUUACAUGAAUCACUCCUUCACAUCGGGGAGCCAAACUUGCCUUGCCAAAAUUCUUGGGAUUUAUCAGGUAAUUAUUAGACAGACAAAGAGUGGGAAAGAGAUGAGACAUGAUCUGAUGGUGAUGGAGAAUCUUACUUUCUGUAGAAGCAUUACUCGCCAGUAUGAUCUCAAAGGUGCUUUACAUGCUCGAUACAAUUCAGCUGCUGAUGGUCCAGAAGAUGUUCUCUUGGACCAGAACUUUGUUAAUGACAUGAACACCUCUCCUGUGUACGUUAGUAGGAAAGCGAAGCGUGUCUUGCAGCGGGCAGUUUGGAAUGACACAACUUUCCUCAAUUCAAUUAAUGUCAUGGAUUAUUCUCUACUGGUGGGAGUGGAUACUCAGCGGCAUGAGCUUGUUUGUGGCAUUAUUGAUUAUCUCAGGCAGUACACAUGGGACAAGCAACUUGAGACAUGGGUCAAGUCUUCCCUUGUUGUCCCUAAGAAUGUUUUGCCAACCGUCAUCUCUCCAAAAGAGUACAAAAAGAGAUUCAGGAAGUUCAUGUCUACAUACUUUUUUAGUGUCCCAGAUCACUGGUGCUCACAAAGGUCUUCCAAUCCUUGUGAACUUUGUGGCAUCAGAGAGGACGAGUCUUCUUCUCAAUUGAAAGCCCAGAAGCAGGGGGAGCAAAAUGGUUUUUCAGCUUGAGUCUUGUUCAUUCAACUAUUCAGUGUUUUUUAUUUUGUCCUUUCCCAGCGUUUAUUCAUUUUUUUUCGAGUUAGUUUACAAAUACUGUACAUAGCUGGUCAUCAUAGUUUAUAUAUAGCCCUGUUAUUCUGCGGUUUUUAGCGAAUUCCUGGGGAUAGUUUCUUUUCAAUAGGUCAUAUAUCAUGUCCAGGUUGAGUCAUACAUAAUAUAAUUUUUGUAAAGCUUAUCAAAUGUAGAAAGCCCACAAUGGUGAAGGACAGCUGUGAUUAUUUUAAUCAAUGAAAGUUGCAUUUAUAUGGUCUCAUGUUCA